UAAUCGUCAGAAUAAAACAAAAAUAUGUAUAUUAUAUAAUUAUAUAUACAUAUUUAUAUAUAUAUAUAUAUAUAUAUAUAUAUAUUAUAUUGUUGUUUUUAUCGAGCACAUUUAUAUACAGUCAAAUUGGUGAUUAAUCAAUGCAAUGUAAUUAUUGUAUAAUGGAAACAACAAAUGCAGUAAAUGUGAUUGGUUCAUUUUUGGCUCCAUCUUUAAAACACGUAUUUGUGAUACAAAGUUUUAUAAAUAAUGACAGGAAAUAUUAAUAAGUAUAUUAAAGUCUUACUAUCAUUCAUAAAUUCGUGUCUUUUAUCUCUUUUUUCUUUUUCUUUUUUCUUUUUUUUUUUAUUUUCAUAGUAUUUCUAAUAUUGGACGCCAUAUUGGAACGUUAGCAUUUUCUGCAUUUCUUCUGUCCAUUAUAUCCCUUUUAUUACUUUCUAACUAAAAUUCGUCAAAGAGUACUAAUGAAUCAUAAUUUAUAUAUAUAUAUAUGUGUGUGUAUAUAUAUGAUAUAUAUAAGAUAUAUAUUAUAUAUAUAUAUAUGAUAUGAAUAUAUCGUGUUAUAUAUUCCCUGUAGCUAUUCCUAUCUUUAUAAAAUACGUGUGAUAAAAGAAAAACUGACGCUAGUUCGUCGGCGCUUUAUUUACGCAAGAGAAAAAGAGAAAGAGAGAAUUCUGUACGCACGUGUGGCGUUUGCGUGAAAAUGGUAUGAAUGUGUAAAAAAAUUUUCAACGUGUCGACGUCGUCCGUUCAAAGAUUAGUAUGAUUUAUACUUUCUAAUAUAUGAAAAUUUGAACGUAUGAAUCGUGCAUUAGCAAGUUACUAUGGUGCUGCGAGCUUUACGAUUGAUUAUUUUAUAUUAUUAGCUAAUCACAAUUAAUUCAAUGGAGAGCCUGAAUACAACGUGGCGGCAACCAUGGUGAACGAUAUCUAUUAGCGAUGAUGAUUUUUCGGUUUUAACAUAUUUGUAGCGAAUAAAGAUCACCUGGAUCCCCUUGUUAAUACGUUCCUGAGUCUAUCUUGGCGCGAUUCGACCAACGCGUCGUUAAGUACGUAACGCUAUUAAUAGAUGGCGUUAAUUUCUUCUAUAUUUACGUAACACAUUUACGAUAAAAACUUUGAAGGUUAAAUAUGUUUUGUUCUACAUGCUAUUAUUGUGAUUGAAUCCACGUUAAAAAGCUAAUUUAAGCGGCAUGGGUAAUCCUGAUGGAUUAUAUAUUAAUUUAAAUGUGAAAGAUUAUGUAAAAUAUAUACAUAUAUGUUAUUUUAUAUGUAAUAUUUCUGUUAUAAAAAUUAAGCAAAUAGAGUGUAUACCAUAAAAAGAAAUUUUGUUUGAAAAUAUUGAUACUUUUAAAUGAGAAAGAUAUUGAAAGCAGAAAAGAUAUCUAUAUUAAUUUUGAUGAUAUAUAUAAUUUCUAUUAUAUAAAAAAUGUCCUGCCAACGUGUUAUAAUAGAUGAUAAACUAUUGUUUCGCAUUUUAAAAACCAAAGGCUAUGAUAUAUCCACUAUAUGUGAUAAAAUGAAGUUGGACGCAAAAAAUAUAAUAGUCUUAUCUGAAGAAGAGCUAUGCGAAUUAUGGUACCAUGUGAAAGUAGUACUGUUAAAGGCACAAAAGCUAUCUAUAUUACAAUCGAAUAAUAAAAAUUCCAAAGAAAAGCAACAAGCAUUAAAAUUGAUAGAGACGAUAGCAGCAAUGGCUUUGGAGACAGUGCUGCAAAGAACAUUUUUACCAAAUAUAUUAUUAGAGAUUGUAAUAAUACUUCACUCGGUUAUAUUACCAGAAAUGAAAGAUACAAAGGUAAAAGAUGAAAUAUCAUACCUUCUAGAAAAUUGGUGGAAAUCAAAUAUGAUAUGGAAAGAAAAAGUAAUAAUAAAUGCUAUAAAGCAUCUGACCGAAACAUCUGAAAGUUCAUUGCAACAUAUUAAACGAUUACAUAAAAUAAGAUCUGCGCUGUAUUUAAUAGAACGUAACGACGAUAUACAAAUGUUGGUUGAAUUAUCACGGAGUAGCAUCGUUAUGUCUAUACCAGAAGGAAGAGUUAUUUUGUUAAAAUUAUUUGCGUUAGGAGAAGAAUUCGUAAUGGGGAUUCAUAAUAAUGUAAAAGCAAUACUUGAAAUUGCAGAACCUGAUGUAAUAAAAGGAUAUGCAAAUUUGUAUGCCAAAGCAUGGUUAAGUGCUACCAAUAAAACUAAGAAGUUGAUAAUCGAAAAAUGUUUCAGAAACAUUAUUUUUCAUUGUCUUAGAUCGCGUAGAGAUUCUACAGGACGAGUCAAACUUGGAACAAAUUUACUUAUAUUCAUAGAUGAAUUAUAUCAUUAUAAAAGCAAUACAAUAAGAGUAAUGUUGCAUGAUCAUUGCAAAAGUUUAUUAUGGGAACAUUUGAAGGCUUCUGGAUCAUGCGUCAGAUGCAACGCAGCUGAAAUUCUAUUUAUUAUUUAUUCUGUGGAAUCGAAACAUUUGACACAAAAUGAAAAUGACAUGAAACAAUAUGCAAAAGCUAUUUCAUGCCUUUUGAAAGAUUGCAAUCAGCAAGUGUGUCUUAUAGCUAUAAAUGAUACUUUUAAAAUAUUGGAGUCUCAUUGGAAGCAUAUACCUGCUAAUAUAAUUAAAAAUUGGUUAAAUAUUUUAUCAUGUCAUAUGAAAAGCAAAUCUUCUUCAGAAAUUAAAAUAAGUAUCUUAAAUGGUAUCAAACAAAUGGUAUCUAAUAAACACUCUCAUACAAGUGUAAAAAGUUUUAUAAAUAAUUUUGUCAAUCAAAUAUAUUACGCAGACAUAGAUGUUAUCAAAUGUUUUACUAAACUCAUUGUAUAUCUUCAAAAUCACAUUGGCAUUUUAGUUUGGGAUAUUGUUGCAUUAACUACUUUAUUGAAAUGCAUAGAGGAUACCAAUGAGUCGAAAUUAUUACAGCAAUUAAUAAAAUUACUAUGUUUGCGAAUACAACCACAUGAUAUAAAUAAUGACAAUGCCACACAAGAAAUCAUAAAUAUAGGAAUGAAGAAUAUUACGGCAACAAGAAAGUUUUUUUUUCAUUCAAAGUAUAUCAUUAAUUGGGAUAAUGCUUCUAAACUUAUAAAUAUUAUAUUACUGACUAUUGAAAGACAAGCAUGCUGUUUAUUAGCAGAUGAUGAAACAAGCAAUAAAUGUAGUAAAAGAUUUAAAAGGAAUAACGAUAAAUCACAUAAUGCAAACUCUACCAAAGAUAUAAUUAAACAAGAAAUUAAUACAUGCGAAUCAAUUAAUAUAUUACUUGAGGUAGUUGCUGUAAUAUUAUAUGUAAACAAAAAUAAUGUUACAAAAGAAUAUUUUGACAAAGAAGAGGGAAGGGACUUACGACGGAUCUGUACAAGCAUACUGCCACAAAUUUUAUGUUCAUAUAGAAUACAGAAAUUAUCUUUGAAUGAAUCUACGUUAUUCUUACUUUCAUUUUUACCUGUUACUAUGAUGACCAAUGUAAACAAUAUAUGUGAAACUAUUGUGGAACAAUUAUCUAAUCGUAAUAUUUCCAAUGAGAUGAUAAUUACAAUUUUAUACACGUUAAUGAAAUGGGAGAAAAUGGAUAUAGUCUUUACGUUAUUAAAAGAAUUGAUAAAAAAAUUUACAAAUACAACGAUAGAGUAUAAUCAAGAAAAUAGUAAUGAUUUGUUUAUAAAAGAACAAGAAAAGACACUUAUAUUGACCGUAGAAAUACUCAAACAAUUAUUGAAUAUUGAUUUCCAAGAAAAAUUAUUGACUAUAUAUUAUGAAGAUUUAGUGAAUGCUUGGAAAGAAUUGCGUGUGAUACAAUAUCACAUGGAAAAUAGAUUGACACGUUCAAACGAAUUAAGUAACAUAAUGAAGGAACAAGUUUUGAUUGGUCUUUUCAAGGAUUAUUUAUCGAUGAUAUAUGUCCUAUUGAAAAUUGACGUUUACGAUAUUUCAGAAUGUCUUCAAGAUAUAUUAUCAUGGGUCGAAGAGAAAGUGAUACCUAAAAUGCCUACAAUGGAAGAACAUAAGAAACAUCAAUUUCCAAUUAAUAUAUUGAAGAUAGUUUUUAACGUAUGCAAUUCUAUGAUAAAAGAAUGCCAACUGUCUACAAAGAUAUGUUGUAAAAUAAUAAUUCUAUAUUUCAAAUCUAUUUCUUCAUCCGUCGGCAUCAUUUUUAUCCAUGACGCUUUGAAAGCAAUCAUUGCUUUAUUGCACUUUAAUAAAACUCAAUAUUAUAAUGAAGAUUCUAAUUUACUAAAUACUAUUCUACCAAAGUUCUUAUGUGCUGUAAUGAUAUCUUUAAAUGAAUACUCCGAAGAUAUUAUAAUUGCAUAUACAAAUAAUUUAAAAAUUUUAACUUUGUUAAUAGAAAAAUAUUUUGAAAUGAUCGUAUCUACGUACGAUGAUCAAAAAAUGCACGCUACGUACUUAACUAUUAUAUUAAAUACUGGUAUCAAUGAUAUAAGUAAAGAAAUUAUUGAUAACAAUAGAAACAAUUCUGCAGAUAUAUUGAAAAUUAAAUUUCCAUAUCUCGCAGAGAAGAUUUUAAAAAAUACAUUAUAUUUAAGGAAAUAUCAAGAUGCAUGCUUUUUUGCUAUAAAACAAGCUGUAAUACACUACAAUGAAGUUGAUAUACUUUCUACAUUAUUGAUAAUAAAUGAUAUGUUUAACUUGCCAAUUAAAUCCAUGAAAAAACUUCGAAACAUUACGCACGUUAUCAAGUUAGAAUAUGAAAAACGAUGUGAUCUUACUGUCCAUAAUAGAUUUAUUGUUGAUGCAAUAGAAACAAUCAUUAAGCUGAUACAAAAAAUAGAAAUAUUAUACUUAAUAGAUAUGAAAGCAUCUGUUUGUAAAAUAUUAAUGAAGAAUAAUCUUCAAUGGCAUAUUUUGUUACUUUAUUUUGAUAUAAAUAAUUUUUCUUUGGAAUGUAAUAUACUAUUUUGAUUGCAUCAAAAAUAGUAAUUAUCAAUACGUUUGUCAAUGUAUUAUGUAUGAUAAGAUAUUUUAUACAAAUUAUAUAAAUUUAAUGUUUUUUAAUAUUUUUUAUAAAUAGUAAAGUCAUUAUUUUACCCAGACAAUGUAAUGUUUCUCAUUUGUCUUACCGCAGCUACAACCCGGGCAUUGCAACCAGAGCUACCAUUUUGAUAUUCCUCUGGCGGUAAUCGUAAUAAUAAUGACAUAUGUUGCAGAUUUUCUGAUAACGAAAGACCAAGCUCCUCUAAAACGUUUCCAACGUAAUCUACAAUAUGGAUUAAUAAUAUUAAUACUUUAACUUUAACAGCUCGAACGAUAUAAUUAUUCAAUUAUAAUCACCUAUAUCAGUAGCAAGUUGCUUACAAGCAACAGAACUUAAUCGGCCAAUGGCUAAUGUUUGAUCAUGAAACAUUUGGCAAGUUCCUCUGGCAAUAAUAUCUAAUAAAAUACCCGUAAAACCAGAUUCGGUUGAUCCCUGAGCGUACUGAGGAUCGGCAGCUUUUAAUGCCAAUGUUAAACUCGGAUUAUCUCUUAAUAAAAAUGGUUCUAAAUGUUGAGGAAGUGUCAUUAGAUAUUGGCCAACUUGCGUGAUAUAUUCUUGAGGUGCAAAGCUAUAAUCCGGUAGGUCUGUACUAAGAUGCAUUUUAUUGUCAUCUGACCAAGCAGGUGCUUUUUGAACUGAGAGUAAUUGGGUAAAAAUGGGUGCAAAAAUAACUUCGUAAGUUGCAUGAUGUAAAUCGGAGCAAAGUUUGUGAAUGGGUUUUAUAACUGAAUCAAGAAUAGUUUUGUCUUCUGUAAAUAAAAUAUAUCAUUACAAAAAAGUUCGAGGAGCAAUUUUUUAUAUUGGUUAAAAGGUCCGGCCGUAUGACUUAAUAAUUUAUUAUUAGAUUCGAUUAUAUCGAUUACUAAGGAUUUUUCAAACUGGUGCACUUGUCCCAAGAAUUCUCCUAUAAAAUAAAAAGAAAAAAGAAAAA